AAGGGGCUUAACGCGCCAAGGCAGCUGCAUGACUUUCUGCAGCCCUCCUCUUCCGUCUGGCGGGGGACCCUUUGGCGCACCCCCCUCUUUGCCCCCCCUCCCUUCGGAGCCGGGCUCCUCCUCCUCCUGCUCCCUGCAAGAAGAGAAGCGGCCGGGCUUUCUUCUCCUCGCCCGCCCCUUCUCCACGUUUGCAGCUUUGGGCAGCAGCCGGGCUUUGCACGGACGCCCCCGCCGCCGCCCCUCGGCCAUGGACAGGCCCAGCAGCACGCCGGCCCGGCGGCGGAGGAGGCAGCGCCGCUGCUGCUGGCCGCUGCUGGCCGCCCUGCUGGUGAGCUGCGUGGCCUGCCAGGCUCCGCCGGUGCCGGCCGCGGAGCCCGAGUGGGACGGCAAGGACGUGUUGGUGCAGAGCAGCUCCGCGCCCGAGCGGUGCCCGCGCGCCGUGCGCUCCGGCGACUUCGUGCGUUACCAUUACCACGGCACCUUCCCGGACGGCCGCAAGUUCGAUUCCAGCUAUGACAGGUCUUCCACUUUCAACGUGUACGUGGGGAAAGGGCAGUUGAUUGCAGGAAUGGACAAGGCUCUGCUCGGCAUGUGCGUCAACGAGAGACGAUUUGUGAAAAUUCCACCCCAUCUCGGCUACGGGAGUGAGGGCGUUUCUGGUGUAAUUCCUGCCAACUCUGUGCUUCAUUUUGAUGUGCUUUUGAUUGACAUUUGGAAUGCUGAAGAUCAAAUUCAGAUUCAAACGUAUCACAAGCCAGAAAACUGCACCAGGACGAUUCAGGUGUCUGAUUUUGUACGGUACCAUUACAAUGGGACAUUUCUAGAUGGCACACUGUUUGACUCCAGUCACAACAGGAUGCGAACAUAUGAUACCUACGUGGGAAUUGGCUGGCUUAUCCCCGGUAUGGACAAGGGUCUCUUGGGAAUGUGCGUAGGUGAAAAGCGCAUCAUCACAGUGCCACCGUUCCUGGCUUAUGGAGAAGAUGGAGAUGGUAAAGAAAUACCUGGUCAGGCAUCUCUUGUCUUUGAUGUGGCUCUCCUAGACCUUCACAACCCAAAAGAUAGCAUCACUGUUGAGACGCAGUACAUGCCUGAAUCCUGCGAUCGGAAAAGCCAAGUGGGGGACUUCCUCAGAUAUCAUUACAAUGGGACGCUUCUGGAUGGCACGCUGUUUGAUUCCAGUUACUCACGGAACCACACAUACGACACCUACAUUGGGAAAGGUUAUGUAAUUGCUGGGAUGGAUGAAGGCUUGCUUGGUGUGUGCAUUGGAGAGAAGCGGAGAAUAACAAUCCCACCUCACCUUGGAUAUGGGGAGGAGGGAACAGGGAAGAUUCCAGGAUCGGCAGUGUUGGUCUUUGACAUUCAUGUGAUAGACUUCCACAACCCUUCAGACUCAGUUGCCAUUACUGUCCUUUACAAGCCGAACAACUGCUCCAUACUGAGCAAAAAAGGUGAUUACUUGAAGUACCAUUACAAUGCCUCACUCCUAGAUGGUACUUUGUUAGACUCGACGUUGAGCCUUGGCAAAACCUAUAAUAUAGUUCUAGGAUCUGGACAAGUUGUGUUGGGAAUGGAUAUGGGCCUCAGAGAUAUGUGUGUGGGAGAGAAAAGGACUGUUGUAAUUCCACCCCAUUUUGGUUAUGGAGAAACUGGAGUUGAAGGAGAAGUGCCUGGCAGUGCUGUACUGGUUUUUGACAUCGAACUGCUAGAAUUAGUGUCUGGUUUGCCAGAAGGCUACAUGUUUGUAUGGCAUGGUGAUGUCUCUCCUAACCUCUUCGAAGAAAUCGACAAGGAUAACAAUGGAGAAGUUCUUUUGGAUGAGUUCUCUGUCUAUAUCCAUGAACAAGUUAAUGCUGGCAAAGGAAAGCUGGCUCCUGGCUUUGAUUCUGAAAUAAUUGUGAAAAAUAUGUUCAGCAAUCAGGACCGGAAUGGGGAUGGUAAGAUUACAGCUGAAGAAUUCAAAUUGAAAGACCAGGAAUCAAAGACACAUGAUGAAUUGUAGUUGAGGGCUUGUUUCCUUGUGAGCUGAACUGCUGUUAAGAGUGGAUGCACCAUAGAAACGGGUUAAAAUGCAUGUACACUAAAACUGAGGACAGUGGGAACAAAUGUCUUUGUUUUUAUAUUUGUGAUGCAGGUUAAGGCAAGGGUAAUACAAUAGAAGGUGUUUCUUGUAUAGCGCAUGAAAUUGGUUUCAUGAGGUUUUUUUUCAAAGGCCGGACAGCCCACUCCAUUGACAUGCGUAAUCUUUGCAGCCUCUCGGUUACAGUAUACAAACUGAUGAUGGAUUUGCAAUAUGAAAAGUUUGUGCAUUUCCAUUUAGGAUCUUUUGAAUUUUCACACUCAAGUCAUUCUUCAAGGACAUAGUGCCGCUCCACUGUUUCUGAGCAUAGAUGGUAAACCAUUAAAAAUGAGUUUGUCAGCUACUGCUGGCAAUGAUUCCAUGCUCCACCUCCACUAAGUUAAUAUAUCUGGACUAAGUUGGUAAAACGUACCCUGUAGCUACCAGAGUUUUGUGCUUCCCUAGUCUUUUGUUGACGCUUUUGAAAACCUGUUGGCACAUUAAAUUUUGCAGGAAAAGAUUGCCCCACGGCUUCAAGACUUUUCUUACCCUAGGUUUUACCUAAGUUAGUUAAAGAAGUAUUGGAAAUAGACAAAGCUUUCCAUUUUGUAGGAUGGUGGACUUGUUGCUUCUACAACAUGUAGCUAUUUCCAUCUAUUACUCGGAUAAGUAAUAAUCCUCAUUUUAAAUGUUUGUUAUAAGGUACCCUUUAGAAAGAAUCACAAGCUCCCAGCUACAUCUAUUAAAACCAUGUUGCAGUUGUGGCUAAAUAAAAUGAGACUGUAAAUCAGUGACUUCCCAAAGCUGGAGGCAAUGAUUGUAAAAUCACGGUAGCUCUGAAUAGCAGUUGGACUGAACAAAGUAUGAUAUGGCCUUUUUAUGAAUGGCGCUAAUUUCUAACUCAAGACAUUGCUUCUUAAUUUUUUUACAGCACAUAAAGUUUUGUAGAUUUUUAAACACACUGUUUAAUACUAAAGUACCAUGAAGAUUUCUUUACUGUGAUAAAGGCUGGUAUUUUUUAUUAAAUAAAAUAUUGACAGACA